AUGUCUGCCUGCGUUUCCUCAAGAGACUCAACAAUGUCAUCAGUCAACGAGCAGAAGGAUGCUGCCAUCAUCGAAACAGCCCGCACACUCAGGGGGACACCAUGGUGUGACGAAUACGAGAAGAUGAUCUCUGGCAUGCUAUAUGAUUCUUUGAUUCCGCCGUUGACGAAUGCUCGUCACGAAUGUCGUAUUCUGGCGCAUGAGUACAACACCAUGCCGCCGACCCUCGGAACAGCAGACGAAAUAGCCGCCAAGCGGUUCGAGAUCCUUAAGCGCUGGCUCGGGUUUGUGGGAGAAGGCGUCUUCAUAGAGCCUCCGUUUACGCCAGACUACGGCUGCAACGUGAUCAUUGGGAAGAACUCGUACAUGAACUUUGGCUUCACCGUCUUGGACACGAGUCUGGUCAUCAUUGGCGAGCGCGUCAUGCUCGGUCCCAACGUGCACAUCUACAGCGCAGGUCAUGACACGAGCGUCUUGUCCCGCGUCAAAUGCAUCGAGUUUGGCCACCCGGUGCGCAUCGAGGACGACUGCUGGAUUGGGGGCAAUGUCACGAUUCUCGCAGGGGUCACGAUCGGUCGGGGCUGUACGGUUGGCGCAGGAUCGGUUGUGUCACGGAGCCUGCCGCCUUUCUCUGUUGCCCUUGGGUCGCCAGCAAAGGUUAUCAAGAGACUCCCGACUCUGGAGGAAGAACUCGCUGAUCCGCGGAACAUUUAUCAUCGGUUCCCAGAUCGGUCCUGA